AUGCAAGCAGAUAUCAUUGUGGCGUUUCGAUCCCUCCUUUCUCCCUCUAAGACAAGAAAACAUCGUCUGACACAGCCCGUUAAGCCAUGGCGCCGCAAGGGCAUUCCUACCACUCUCUUUGAUGAAUUGUGGCGCGGUGGUUUGCGCAAGUCACGGAUGGACGGAGGGGCGGCCCGGCCAAUUGGCAUUGAAGGUAGGAGUUGCGGGGAGGGUGUGAUCGGGCUGGUCUUGGCGAUGGCCGUUUUUCUGAGGCAACGGCUGAACUGCCCUUGGCAUUGUUGGUGUGUAGAUGGAUUGAUUGGUGGGUGA